UUACCUGUCUGGCUGCAUUUAAAUCCGCAAGGCACAAAUCUGAAGAUGUUGUCCAGUUUAUGGAGGCUCCUCACGUACACAACCGCCGGGUUAUCUCCCCAACACACUCACGCUCACGGAUGCAGUCUUCCCGACUGCAGUGUCACCUUUGAACCCAACUGUCGUCUCUGAACUCUACCUACUCAUAAGGAGAAAGUGACCGAAACUGAAUGUCGCGGUUCAUCCAUCGGAGCUGAAGAAAGGGCCAUAAGAGGGAGCUGAUGCACUGUUGUUCAGAAUGGGGAUGGUUUCACGGGCCCUUUUUCUGUUCUCCCUGUUUUCCUUGCAGCCAUUUGUUGACAUUUUCAGAUCUGGAAUGAGGUGGAUGAGGCAGGGAUUUGCAUUCGAGGCAGUAUGCUAUCCAAAGCGGUUUCCAAAAAGUACAGUGAGAUUGAGGAGUUUUACCAGAAGCUGGCCACUCGUUACCCGGAGGCAGCUCUCCCACUGCUCCCGAGGAAAAUGUUGCUCGUCGGGGAGUCUGAUAUCCGAGAGCGAAGAGUGGCAUUCAAUGAAAUAAUGAGAUACGUCUCGAAGGACGCCAACCUAGCCACAAGCCCCGAGUUGCUGGAAUUCCUAGGAACCAAGCCGUCAGAUGCUCCUGACUUAAGAGGAGGAGACAACCCUCAUCUGGAGGAAGAAGACAAAGGAAGAGACGCCGAGUUCUUCGACUUUUUUGAACAGUCAGAGACAGCAUCCGUGGAAACCCCUCAUCAAAAGCCCUUGAAAGAUCAGGAGGCCGAGCAGGAUUUGGAAGAUGAUGAGGAGGAAGAAAUUAUGGAUCCUCUUGGCAUAAUGAGAUCCAAGAAGAAGAAGAAAAUCCCAGUUCCUGUUAAGGCCAGUAAACCCAAAUUAACCAUUUUUGAUGAGGAAGUAGAUCCCGAUCAGGACCUGUUUGGCCCAGUUAAAGAUUUUUCAUCCAAAAGCACUGAAGUGAAAUCUGCAAAAGACAAUCUGAAGUUGUUCGAUGAUCCAGAUCUCGGUGGGACUGUUCAAAUGGGAGAUUCGCUUCUAUUGCCGCUGACCUGUGAUACUCCAGAGCCCAAAUGGAGGCUCAGCCAUGAAGAAGCCACCGAGGAUCUUUUGAGGGUUGAAGAUGACUUGGAGAAGAUCUUGAACUUAGAGUCAAAGCCCAAACCCAAGCCCAAACCCAAACCCAAAGUGCCAGCCAAGCCAGCGAUUCCUGCGAAACCACAGACCUUGCCAAAGACGGGGGAGAUCUUGGCCCAGGACACAAAACAAAGGGAGCAGCAGAUACAAACCAUGAAUGAGAUGGACAUUCUUCAGUAUAUCCAGGAUAACGAAGCCUCCGGCAGUGCGGCUCCAAGCCUCUUUUGAACCCAAUUCCUAAUCCUGAUUCCAACCUAACCCGAUUCCAGAUCCAGACAGGAAACGGGGAGGAGAGGGUCUGUUUCGGAAUGCCGCUUACAGUGAUUACGUUCAGAUGCAGAAAUGGUGGUUCUACCCAGUCAAAAUUAAGUUGCCUGAUGUAACAUAAUGACAAGUAUAUAAAAGACAAGUAGCGAAA